GACAUGCUACCCACCGUUGCUAGCGAUAUCAAACGCCCUGUUAUGGAUAAUGAAAAGGACGAUACCAUGUUUAUACGAUCUCCAGGGCACAGGAGCCGACCUUUAGCUAUAGCUUUCGGUGUUGUCGCCUUGUGCUAUUUGCUAUGGUCCUCCGUCUUCAGCAACUAUGCUUUUCAUCUGCCAUGCCAUAAUCAGGUGGUCAAAAUCGAUACACCAGUUCAUAUCCUAGCAGAUAAACCGCUCGUGCCAUUAGAAGCUCAUAUAAUGAGCAAAUGUCCCGACGCGAAGGACUGCUUAAAGAUGCUGGUGCUACCUACGAUGCAGAGAGUCAUCGACAAAGUCAACUUCACCCUAUCGUAUAUUGGUACACCAACGGAUAAUGAUGGGGUUGACUGCAUGCAUGGUCCCGAGGAGUGCAUGGGAAAUAUAAUAGAGCUCUGCUCAGCGCAACUAUACCCGGAUCCCAAGAUCUACCUCGGAUUCACGAUGUGCCUGACUCGAGAUUACCAAGAUAUUCCAUCGAAGAAUUUGGUGGAGGAUUGUGCUCUCGAGCACGGCAUCGACUUCGACAAACUGAACGAGUGCGCAGUGGCAGACAACGGUGGACUCGGCAUGGGUAUGCUACGAGACAGUGUGCGACAUUCGAAGGAUGUUGGUGUGACCAAAUCCUGCACAAUCCGAGUGAACGAAGAAAUAUACUGCGUCCGCGACGGGAGACAAUGGAAGGACUGUCCAAGUGGAGGGGGCGUCAAUGAUCUGGUCAUUGCGAUUGAGAAGCUCUAUCAAGCCUCU